UCUUCUUCUUCAGUCUGCAAUUUUUUUUUUGCUGAAAACCUAAAAAUGGCGCUGUCUAUUGGUGUAUUCUCAACUUUCCUGCCUCGAGAAACGGUGUCGUUUGGCAACUCGUCUUCUCCUCUCUCCCUCAAGCUCGCUCCAGCUAACCUGCGCUCGAUUUCCAUAACCGCCGCCGCCAAGCCGGCGGCGGAGGCGAAGAAGCGCGAGCCGCGGGGGAUAAUGAAGCCGCGCCGCGUGUCGCCGGAUAUGCAGGCGUUCCUCGGCGGCGCGACGGAGUUCCCCCGCACUCAGGUGCUCAAGGAGAUUUGGGCGUAUAUCAAGCAACACAAUCUUCAGGAUCCUGCGGACAAGAAGGUGAUAGUCUGUGAUGAGAAGCUCAAGAAGAUCUUUGGAGGGAAGGAUCGUGUCGGAUUCCUUGAGAUUGCCGGGUUGCUCAAUCCACACUUUCUUUAAGGCAGAAGCAAUCAAUCCAUGAGGUGUGUUUGGCUUCACAUUUUGGGAGGAUAUUAGAGUUUUUUGUUGUUGUAAAUGAAGUUUAGUACGAGUCUCUAGGACGUGCGAUAUCUCUGCUUUGCAACGUAGAUGACCCUCGAAGCUCAUUCUGCAAGAUGAUCACUCUUGAUGAGUAGUUUUGCUUUCUGGAUCAACUUGUAGGCUUUAGUUGAUUGCAACCGUGUGCUCUCAUUCUAUUCUAUUUCGAGUUUUACGAGCACUGUGGUUCACACGUUCAUUGUCUCUAGUCUGCUAUCUUCUCUAAGAUAGAAAUGCUUCACUUGAGGUGGAUUGAUUUACUGGCCAUUUUGAGGCGGGAAAAUUGCAGCUGUAAUGAAAGAUGAUGGCAAUUUAAAAGCUCUUUUGCUCA